AGGUAUAAAGGUGCCAGCAGACUGCCAGAGACAGGAUCCCUGAGACACUGAGGAGUGUCCCAGCUCUCUCCACUGUGCUCAGUAAAACAUCACCUUGAUCAUGAAGGUAGCUGGCGUCUUCCUGCUCCUCUCCCUGGCACUCUGCUUCUACCAAGGAAAUGCCAAGGUGGAUGCAGCUGCUGUCACAGGAACAGAGCCAUCUUGUGAGAAUUUCAACCUGAGAAGAGGGUGUACAAGGGAGUUUGACCCCAUCUGUGGCACGGAUGACAUCCUGUACAGCAACGAGUGCCUGUUGUGCCUUCACAACCUCCAAAGAAGCACCCACGUGCGCAUCAAGAACAGAGGAAUGUGCAGAACUCCCCGUGUCAACUCUGCUCUAAACUGAGGCACAACCGUGCCAGAACUGAGAGCACAAAGCUGUCCCCUCACCCCCUCAAACCCCCAAUAAAAUGGAAGCAUCGCCAUA